AUGGGAAACACAAACCUUUGUUGCGUAGAACAAAUUGAUCAUCCUAUAGAUAAACGUUUGUUUUAAUUUCAAAAAAAACUACAUAAACUUAACAAUUAACUUAUCUCAUAAGUGUAAUAUCAACACAUAAUUAUUUUUCAUAAGGUUUGAUCAUUAAGUAUAUAGAAUAUAGUUGCAUAAUUAAUUGCAAAUUGCAAUGCACCAAGAUUGUUGUCAAUAGUUGAAAAAGAUCCAGAAACAAAAUUGGAAUUUUAUGCUAGAAUCAAAUAAGAAAUAGACCUUAAUGAAUCAAAUUUCUUCAAUUUAUUAAUAGCAAAUUACUUUUUACAUUUCAAUGAAAUAUUUGCAGAGGAAGAAGUGAUAGAUAUAAUUCAACAGUUUGAUACUAUUACUUAAAUACUUAAAAUAGUAAUCCUAUCAGGUUUCUAGUAAGAUUUAAAACUCUAUUUUGGCAACGAUCUUGAUAAACUUCCAGAAUAAGAACUACUUGUUUAAAGAGUUCUCCAACAUUACUUAUUAGGUAAAACUUCACCAAUCAAAAAUAAAUUUAAUCAGAUGCUCAAUCUAUAUUAUUAAUAAAUCCAGUAUAAUGAAUUAAAUUAAUCAAAUGUACCUGAGAAAGGAACCGUCUUAGAGUAAAAUGACUUUGAAAUUAAUUAAGCUUUAUUGCCAGUUUAAGGAGGGGAUAUUAUUAACAUUUCUAAUGAUAGGUAAUAAUUAUAAUAAAUUAUUUAUUAGUUUUUUAGAAUCAUCAGGAUAUUCUAUCAAAUAGUAAUAAUAAUAGUAAUCCAUAAUUCAAAUUUAUAAUUUAAUUGAGAACGCUGAAAAGUAAUUUAAAUAUCUUCCAUAUGCAACAACUUUUGAUAUAUUGAGUUAGAUGAUUAAAACAACCAAACCCUGGAAGAAAUUUCUUCUUAUUUCAAAAUUUGAUAAUUUAAUUACUAAGACACUUUUGACCAAUAGAGAUCAAAAUCAAAUUAAAAAUAUGCAAGAUAUUCUCUUUGCUGAAGAUUCUAGAUCAGACAUUUAUUUAUAUAUUUUGUAAACUUAUCGAAUUGAUAUAAAAUAGUCAUUAGUAUGGAUAACAAUUUAAAGUUGAUUUCAAAGAACACUUAUUGAAUGCACUUAAAUUAAUGUGGGAAUUUGAUGGAUUACUUGGAAGCGAUAUCAAAUAUAUAUAUUGUCCUUGUUUUCUUAGAUUUACAAAUGUCUUAGAAAUGUAUCUGAAAAAUAUGAAUAUAUGA